AUGCGCGACAAGGGCGUCUUCGCCAUCCGCAAGGCUCUCCCUCGGAUGGUAUUAUUUCCCAGCUGCACACACCAGGAUUUAACCCCUAGACAGAGCUGGCACCCUAAAAACCUGUUCAACCUCCACGAACGAACUGCUGGCUCACGCGUUGGUGAAAUUGACUUCAAACGCAGCGAAAAAAAGCUGUUUCAGCAACGAUGGAUUUCCAAGUCAGUUGUGCGGGCAUACCACGGUGACCUCAUCGGCGAGAAAAUAUUCAAGUCCUGGUACCUUCCGGAGUCCCUGCCUGAUGUCCGACCUCGACGAAAGGUGUUUGGCGAUGAUGGGGCUGAGCUAACUGCUUUCGCACGGAGGAGCAGAAGGGCUGAACGAGAAAAAGAACGGGAAGAGGAGGAAAAAGAGCUUGCGCGAGGACUGGCUCCCAUUGGCAGUUUGAUGUUUGGUGAAGUUGAGCGGAGGCUAGAUGUGCUCAUCUUCAGAUGCUGUUUUGCACCCAGCAUUUACGAGGCUCGAAGACUCGUUAUUCAUGGCAAUGUCCUUCUUAACGGCAGGAAACAUUCAAACGCCAACACCCGACUAGCUCCUGGAGACAUGUUCUCUGUCCGUCCUUCAGCUAUCAAAUUUCUGCAACCACAAAAAAAGUCAGACGAGUCCGACAACAUCACAGAACGCCUCAAGGCUCCUGUUGGAUCGACACCCUUUAACCUCCCGUUCUUCGCAUCACCAUGGUUGUUCAUACCAGCCUAUCUCGAAGUUUCAUUCUUGACAUGCUCAGCUAUCUAUGUCCGCCACCCAACCGCUCGACCACAGUACUCUGAAAUACCCACGCCUUACGACGCCGAUGGAGAAGUGGUUCGCGCAGCUUGGGAGUGGUAUAUGCAAAACCGGUCCCGGAAGAGGACUGAAAAGCAAUGGUCCCGAAUGCCAGACGACCGCUUGCAUCCACAAAUGCAGGAGAGGCGUCUGGGCUCAAACAGUAUUAGAUUCGCCAUUGCUCAGGCUACGAGAAACGAGUUACGAUAG